GCGGCUAUGUGUCUGGUGCUAAUAAUUGGAGGCAGCGUUUAAUUCCGUUUCCAGAGCAGACUAUUUUUGAACUUAACGUUUCUGUUGGAUGCAAUGUCCUAUCUGAACCCCCGGGGAAGACAGCUCGAGCGUUUUGAUGGACUUUCGCUCAUUUACUGGACACUGAUGGGUCCGUAUGGAGUAGAUCGAGCCGUGCAUUCUAUGGAGUUUACAGACUGUGAGAACGGAUUAGGAAUCAAAGUGAUCGGUGGUGUGAAAGAACUAACAGGAGAGGAAUAUGGCGUUUAUGUGAAGAGGAUCUUACCUGGUGGCAUUGCUUCCAGUGAUGGAAACCUGGAGCCUGGAGACCAGAUCUUAGAGGUGAAUGGUGAAAGCCUGAUUGGCGUGACAAGUGAACGAGCGGUGGACAUUCUUAGAGCAGCAUCCUCAACCAAUCACAUGCACCUUCUCAUAGCCAGAGACGAGGAAGCCAGGCGAGAAUUUGCAGAGCUCCUUGAAAAAUACGGCUCAAAUGGCAGCACAGGAUCUACCAGGAAUUCACCUAUUCAGCAUACAGGCAGAUACUUGGACAGCACAUCAUCAGGGUCUUCAUCCAGCUCUCAGAGUCCUCUAUUGCUUAGUCCCGCUGGCUCUCAGAGUAACUACAACAACACAGGACCCUUGCUACGCUCCCUAAGUCACCCAGGUGAAGGGGUGAUUCAGCUGAUAUCCGUCGCUCGCUCCUGCAGUCUGGGUAUUACCAUUGGCGGUGGCUCCAACAGACCUGAUGGCCCUGCAGUUUUCAUCCAGGAAGUGCUGUCUGGAGGAGAUUGUCAUCGGGAUGGACGGCUCAGACCCGGAGAUCAGCUCAUCGCCAUUAACAAGGAGUCAUUGAUAGGAGUCACGUAUGAGGAGGCCAAAGGUGUGCUCAACAAAGUCAAAUUCAGUCAAGAACCAGUGGUGGAUAUUGCCUUCAUACCAGGAAAAGGACCUUUCUCCAACAGCCCAUCAGUUCAGAGGGGGGUUGGGAACGGAUGCAACUUCAGCCGGUUAAAGGUUCAUGUCCGAUCUCCUGAGAUGCAACGAGAGGAAGCAGCUCCAGUGCUUUCAUCCUCCCUAGAUAUCUGCCCUCCAGAGAUACAGGUUUCAGCCUCUGCCGCACAGAGACAAGCCACUGUUUCCAAACCCAAGAUCUCGCUGGACCCCCACAUACGGCUCAAAUCAGAGAAGCUCGAUCUGGCUCUGUCGUACCUGGGUUUGGAUCUAACAGAUGAGAAGAGACGGCAGCUCAGAGAGAGUCUCACUACAGACCCUCAGGGAACGGUGUCGUAUGGAGACUUUGUGGAAGCCACCCGCAGCAUUUAUCAGGAGAAGCUGGAGGAGGCGGGACUGGGACAGGGUCCCUUCAUGUUCUCCUAUCAGGAAGCAGCCAGUUUGAUGGACACCUCUGCCUUUCAUUCCCCAACCUGUGAGUCAGAGUGCAGCUACAGCAGUGAGGAACUGGAGGAGUUUCAGACUGAAGUCAAACAUCUUCAGCUGCAAAUGAAACAACUUAAGGGGUUACUGAAAGACACAGAAGACAGUAAGAAGACUCUGGAGGAGGAACUGCAGAAGACGGCUGAGAAGACCACAGCCACAGUGGAGGAGAACAAGUCUCUGAAAAGUAAGCUGCAGGUCGCUGAGGCUGUUCAGAGACAGACCAACAGCGCUGAACAAGACUAUGAGCAGGUCAUUCAGCUCCUGGAGGCUGAAAUCAAAGAUCUGAAGAACCAGCUCGCCGGAAAGAAACCGAGAGGCCUGGAGGCUACUAAAGAGAAUGUGAUGGAGCUGAACAGGAGGCUGGCCAUGAUUGACAGUCAGCUGAGAAGGUCUGAACUCACACGGAAACACCUGGAGAUAUCCAACAAGAAGCUCCUUGGAUUUGCACAGAAUGUCCACAAAGUUUUCACCAAUGCCAGCUUAUUUGGGAUUGAAAGUGGGUGCACACAAGCGUCUCCAGUGACUGACAGCCCCGACACAGCCUCCCCGAUCCCGGAUCCAGCCUGCCAGCUCGCAGCUGAGGCCAAAGAGCUCGUAGAUGGUGUCUGCUCACUCUGCACCGAGGAUCACAAAUUACUGCAGUACGUAGAGGGAAGCAUUGUGAAGGCCGAAGAGGACUGUGAUUCAGACCUCACUCAGUGGCCAGAACCUCCUGUCCCCGGGGCUCUUGCAGUAGAGCGGCGAGGUCAGUAGAUCAUCUGGGAUGGACAGACAAACCGGGCUCAUUCAGGACAUCGAGGUCGAACUGCAACUAUACUGUGGAACAUAAGAGACUGUGUGGUUUGUACUCUUUCAAGUGGUGACCAGAGGCCUGAGCUCUUCUGAUCAAACUCACACUCAUUUUUUAAAGCUGUCCGUGUACAUAUUUAACAUGUAGCAGAACUCAUAACAUAAAGGCAGAAACCAACCAAGGGAAUUUAAAUCGGGAACACAAACGGCACCAUUAACAGCAGCGGUGACUUUGAAACGCUCAGAUAUGAUUUCAACUGUGUCAGCAUGUGCCGUGAGUAACAUUUAUAACAGCUGAAGCGGUUACUUCACACAGUUAUGAAGAUGCUCUCAUUCAGAUGGUAUAUUUCCCCAUUUGAACAACUGUAAUGAAAACACAUUUGGCUGUGCAGCGGACCUCUCUGUUAGAGUUAGGUGUAUUAUACAGUACAUGUAUUAGAUUUCACCUAGGGAUCUUCAGGACAGUCCCCACUCUUCAUCAUUUGAUAUGAUGCUUAUUUGUAUCUGUUCUGAGAAGUGCUAUGACGUUUUGAAGAUUUUAUAUUUUCAGUCCGAAUCUUUUAUUAUGCAGAGACAUGUAGACACGCUCGCUUCUAAGUAUGUGCACGGUUGCCGUCAUAAACCUGGUCAAUCUUGUCAUCAAACCCUCUGAUUUGCUCUUCAUGUCUUUGCCGGUCUUGUCCAGGGUCACCCAGCCUUCACUGCAUUAUGAUCAGCUUUGCUCUGUUAAGUGCUUUGAGGGGAUCCUUCAUGAUUUGGUUCAUUGAUCGACAGUAACUUCGCUCCAUCCUGGGUUCCUCGGACUAUGAUUCUGUUCUUGGUAGGGAUCUUGCUCAUCACGACACUCAUAUAUCGAGUAAUUCCAGUCAUAUUGCAGUGUUCCACCCUGAAUGCAUCCGUUCAGCUGAACAAUGCACAUGGAUCGGGUUACUGUUUUCAUAAGCACACUGUAUUCUGUUUUGUCUUGCCAUAUAGGAUCUAGUUACUUAUAUCAAUGUGUAAUAAACUGUUUAUCAUUCAUUUCCGUCAUGCAGAUGGUUUGUUGAUAUUAAUAACAGCACACGCUCUGAAAAUGCUGACAUGUAGUCCUGUGAUUCAAUUAGAUUGCAUCAUAUGUGUGGCCUAAAUAUCUUUCUUUGAAUGUUUUUAUUAAAGUCUGAACAAAUGUG